GCCGCGGUGCCGCCGGCCCCCGGGACGGGACCUCGCGGGACGCGGGGCUCAGCCGAGCGCCAUCGCGGUUUGGGGGCGCGAGGUGCGGACGAGCAGGGGCAGACGUUCGGCGUCGGCUGUCACGAGUGUGCGGGUGCGGGCAGCCCCUCGCCGCGUGUUCCCGUUGGAUCGCCGUCGGCAGCGCUGCGGGUCGGAAGGAGCUCGGAGGACAUGCCGGCCGGCCGCUCACAAGCCGCGUUCGGACCCGCGGCCGCCCCGGAACCCUGAAGCGCGGCGCGCGUUUCCCGGAGGCGGCCCUGCCGCCGGUACCGAGGCAUGAGGGGGACCGGCGCGCGGACGCACCUGGGCGGGUGGCGGGCCGCCAUGGCGUCGCCCCCGCUGGCCGCCGCGGCGGUGGCCGGGAGCGGCGGUGAGGAGAGCUCGGGAUCGGAGGAGACGGCGACGGUGCCGCCGGGCCGAGACCUGUCCUCGCUCUUCGAGCAGGCGGCCGAGCGGCUGCCGGCGCUGCUGCCCACCGCCAGCAAGGAGCAGCUGCUCUACCUGUACGGGCGUUACAAGCAGGUAAAAUUUGGACCCUGUAACACUCCCAAGCCAAACUUCUUUGAUUUUGAGGGAAAGCAGAAAUGGGAGGCUUGGAAAGCCCUGGGAGAUACCAGCCCUCAACAGGCUAUGCAGGAAUAUGUUGCUACUGUGAAAAAACUGGACUCCAGUUGGAAUCCACAGACAACAGAGAAGAGGGGAAAAGAAAGCAAAACUGCAUUUGGAGGCCCAGUUGUCAGCUCAUUAUAUCAAGAAGAAAUAAUCAGAGAAGAGGACAAGAACAUUUUUGAUUACUGCAGAGAAAACAACAUUGAGUACGUAACCAAAGCCAUUCGAUCAAAAAAAGUGGAUGUGAAUGUCACAGAUGAGGAGGGCCGGGCUCUGCUCCACUGGGCGUGCGACAGAGGACACAAGGAGCUGGUUUCAAUACUGUUAGAGCAUGCUGCUGAUGUUAACAGCCAGGAUGGGGAAGGCCAGACUGCACUCCAUUAUGCUGCUGCCUGUGAGUUUCUGGACAUCGUGGAGCUGCUGCUGCGGUCGGGUGCCGACCCUACACUGCGGGACCAGGAGGGCAGCCUGCCGGAGGAGGUGACAGACUGUAAAGCCAUCACUUUGGCUCUGCAGCAGCACACCGCUGGCCAGCCCUAGCCUUGUGGCCAGGGAGGGGCACACAGACCCUCCAGAGACCCUCCCUUCGCUUCCUUAUGUGGGUUGAGGGAGGGCGUCGAAGGGGAGCUCUCAGAGCACAGAGGCUGGGUGGAAGCUCUGGCUCAAGGGCUGGCUGAGCACACAGCCCAGGCAGGAUGGGAUCAGGGUUUUGCAUGCUUUGACAUUUAUUAGUAUUUAGGGUGGGGGGGGAAGGGAGCAAGGGAGGGGAGAGAAGGCUUUGAGAAGGCCCCAGGUAUCGUUUUAACACAUUAGACAAAAGUACUGCGUCAAAUGUCUCACCAGAGCAGCCUUUGCCAACAGUCAGCUCUUCUGUGGGGAAGGGAGGGCUGCUGGGCCAGGUGAGAUGCUGCUCUCUCCCAUUUGGGUUGAGUUUUGUUGUGUUUUUUUUUCCCCUGGGUCCAAAUAAAGUGUUAGAAAUAAAAGCACAGUGUUGGGACAGAGCCUCUGCA